AUGUCUGCUAGGUCUGAUUCACCUAAAUCCGUGGUCUUCGAGGGCGACGACGACAAAGACAUGUUAGAGAGUCUUAGAGGCUUGAGUAUAAAAGGUUUUCACGAUUGCACAGAACCCAACGCCAAUACGCCGUCGUCCACCAACGCCUCCCUGCCAACUCCUCCAGCUCUUAAGAGCUCACACAUCUAUCUGGCAUCCCCAGAACGCCCAUACGUUGGGCACUCUACCUGGUACCCGGAGGAGCGUACCAUACCCCCCAAUGCCCCUCUCAUGAAGGACCUUGACUCCUUCACAGAGGGCACGGGCCAGGGCAGCUUCGACUUCCCGCUUGCGUCCGGACCCGAUGAACCCCCCAGGCUCCCCCUCAUCUUCCACCCCACUGAAAAUUUCGUGGCUGCCGGCGACAUAUCGCCUACAAUUCCCAGCCCGCUGGCAUUGGACCUCUUGCCAUCUCCUAGCGACCCCACUGAUGCGGUGCUUGCCUGGAGAGAGAGCGUUUCAGCUACAUCGGAGGAGUUCCCACCGACAUCGUCAGACUCUCCCUCCCCUCCCAAAAAGCGUAGAAGGUCCUUCACACAGGACAGCGACAACCAGGAGCGCCGCACUCGGGCCUGGAGUCCCACGAUCGACUCGUCGUUUAUACCCUACUCUGAAAACCAUGAAGACACCCCCGAAGUUCUCGAGUACCGCUCAGAACCCGAUGCUCCCGGCUGA